AUGACUGCACCAUACUCACCGCCUGAAGGUCUCACAGUGAUCGCUGACCCGGAUACGCGAUCCGACGCUGAAAUAAUCUCCGCCCUGACGGUUAAUCAACCCGUCACAAGCGACAAAAAUGUCUGGGCCUUCUGGCACUCCGGUUGGGAUGGCCUGCGUCCCUGGUGCCAACGGAAUGUCAUCAACUGGGCCCGACGGCUCGGUCCGCAGUGGACCGUCCGCGUGCUUGAUGAUGUUGCCGGUUCCGAAAAUCAUCUUUCCAGAUUCGUUCCAGAGUCCUACUUUCCCCAUGCCUUGAAUACCAGAACAAUGGUCGCCCCGCCCCAGCACGUCUCAGAUCUGCUGAGAUUGCCCCUGUUGUAUAUCCACGGGGGAGUGUGGAUGGAUACAGGGAUGCUGCUGCUCCGGCACUUAGACGACAUCUGCUGGCGUGCCAUUGAAGAUCCGUCCAACCCUUACGAGAUGGCCGGUAUCCUUAUGCCGCUCCGUGCCGAGGCAGGGACCAUGCUGAACGGUUUUAUUGCGACCAAGCGGAAGAACCGGAUGGUGAAGGCAUGGCAUGACGUGUACUGCAAGCUCUGGGAAGGCAAGACAUCUGCAGAGGGGUUUCACAAGGACCCUCUCUUGGCUCAUCUACCGCCGUUUGAAGUGCAGAUUGAUAAGCUCAACUGUCCGCCUCUUCUCAUCCCAGACAACGCGCUCGGUGAUUAUCUUGCGCACUUUGUGGCGUUUGAGCGUCUUCAUCACCUACAAGACCCCAACGACGGCUUCGAUGGUGCAGACUAUUUCGCCAACAAGAUUCUUCUCCUCAGAGCCGAGGACCAUCUGUACUACGCGCAACGAAUCACGGGAUGGGACGGACGAAAGCAAUACAACAUGCUGACAACGAAGGUCUGCGGAGCCGGUACCACUGCAGACAAAUACGCCGAAGCAAAAGGCUUCGUAGAUGACGUGUUGCGUAACAGCGUCAUGAUGAAGCUGAGCCACGGUCCUCCCUGUGGUCUGGAGAAUCUGGCUUCGAUCUGGGAUGAAGAGGAACACAAGGAUGAUGAUAUUAUUGAGAACACUUUUGCUGAUUAUCUACGACAUGGUAGUGUCUGUUGGCAGCCAGCGGCACCAGUUGAGCCUGUUCGGCUGCCAAGACACAAGACUGUGUAUACUGCUGGUAUUUUGGAGCCGAUAACUGUAAAGGCUUAA